CACUCUGGACUUGCCCUGCUCUCAGAGCCUGCGGUUCCAGAAAUGCCUGAGGCUGCUCUGCCAUGAGCCCUGGAAUUUUAUGAAACGACCACCCAAGAGCCAGCAGGAAGGUUAAACACACAGGUUGGAUUUUAACACAGAUGUGUGUCUGGAUCCAGUUGAAUGAAAAGGAUGGUAACCCUGAUGUACCCAUGCCUAAACCCCACCUUCCUUCCAGAGGAUAGGCAUUCCCAGGACUGGCUCCUCACCUGUCCCACUGUGGACCCACAGAAAACAGCUCUGCAGUACCCACUCCACACCUCCACCAAUCCCCUGCGUGCCCAGGAGGACACAAGCCUGGGUCCCUGCUCUGCUCCUGCUCCAACAUCUUUCAGGUGCUCCUUUCACUUGAUCGGGCACCUAUUUGAUCCCUUGACUGGGAUUCUACCUCCCAGUUCUUUUCCCAUGGACCACACAUCUCAAUAGACACCUCCAGCAUGGCCCACGUCCCCUUCCCCUCUUUUUCUGAGUGAUCAGUUUUGCUCAUUCACAUGCAAGGCUGGCCCACCAGCCAAGUUCAAUUGCUCAAUUGUCCUGUUUAUCCUGGAGCCAAGAUGGAGCUUGGUAGGCAAGUGGGAUCCCAGGCCUGGCUGGCCUGAGGUGUUUCCAGAUGUGAAGGGCCCAGGGACUCAAGAGGGGAACAUCACAGAUGAGCCCACUGGGGCUGUGUCUCAGCAGGGAAGGAAGAGCAAUGAGCUGCAUGUUAAGAGUUAGGAUGGGCAGGGCAGCUAGUGCACGGCCGAUGGGAGAGGACUUGACUAGCAUGCAAGAGACCCUGGGUUCCACCCUCAGCACCACAGAAAAUACAAAAAAAAAGGAAAAACAAACAAAAAAGGAACAGGCAGACCCUGCAGGAAUUUCUCAACUGCUGAAGAAAUCACUAGAAUCACUGGGAGAGCUUCCAAAUCUGGGUAUCUGGACUCCAACCCCUGAUAUUGCUAACAUUACUCUGGGCUGUGAGAAGGCACUGGGGCAGUGUUCUGCAAGUAAUAAGAAGGUGCAGCCUGAGCUGUGAACCAUGGCACUGGAGUUAAACCUUCCUUCCAAUCCCAGCUCCCCACUUAGUAGUUUAGAGAAGCUGGGCAAAUCACAGGACACCCUGCAGCCUCAGUGUCCUCAUCUCAAAGCAACAAUCCAGCAAAUGCUGUUUUGUGAAAGGAUUCAGAGAAGCAGAGCAGGCGCUGGUCCCUGACUCAGCAGCAUGGAGCUGGUCCAGGACACCUUCCGUUCUCCACUGGUCAAGGUGAAGGGGGUCCCACUCAUCAAGUACUUUGCAGAGAUGGUGGGACCAAUUCAGAGCUUCCAGGCUUGGCCUGAUGAUGUGCUCAUCAGCACCUACCCCAAGUCUGGCACCACUUGGUUGAGCGAGAUACUGGAGAUGAUCUAUCAGGGUGGUGACCUACAGAAGUGUCACCGGGCACCGAUCUACAUGCGUGUACCCUUCCUUGAGUUCAACGGCCCAGGGGCUCCCUCAGGUCUGGAAAUUCUGAAAGAUACACCUGCCCCUCGGCUCCUCAAGACACACUUGCCCCUGGACCUGAUUCCCCAGAGUCUGUUGGAUCAGAAGGUCAAGGUGAUCUAUGUUGCCCGCAAUGCAAAGGAUGUGGCUGUCUCCUAUUACCACUUCUACAAAAUGGCCAAGGGGCACCCUGACCCUGGCACCUGGGACAGCUUCCUGGAGAAGUUCAUGGAUGGACAAGUGUCCUAUGGGUCGUGGUACCAGCACGUGCAGGAGUGGUGGGAGCUGAGCCGCACCCACCCUGUGCUCUACCUCUUCUAUGAAGACCUGAAGGAGAACCCCAAAAGUGAGAUUAGAAAGAUCCUGGAGUUUCUGGGGCAUUCUGUGUCAGAGGAGACCGUGGAUCACAUCGUCCAGCACACAUCCUUCAAGGAGAUGAAGAAGAAUCCCAUGACUAACUACACCACCAUACCAACUGAGUUCAUGGACCAAAACAUUUCUCCCUUCAUGAGGAAAGGCAUCGUGGGGGACUGGAAAUCUGCCUUCACUGUGGCCCAGAAUGAGCGCUUUGAUGCCCACUAUGCUAAGAAGAUGGCAGGCUACAAGCUCAACUUCCGCUGGCAGCUCUGAGUUGUGUCAUGGGGAGCCACUGCAGGGGGAGCACGGGCACAAGCCUGACCUAUGACCUCAGGAAUAAAAUAUGAUGUGUCCAA